CUAAUGUGUACAGAACCCAAGAUCUGUUUUGCAAUGGGCCCAACCGAUACGUUCGAAUGCUCCGACUUGGCACAAGCAGAACAAGAUGCGAAGGCAACCGCCGAACUGCACAKKUAGGAACUUGCAAUGGACGUGGAAAUAUUCCGUACUUCACCCAACGUGAUAUUUUGGCAUCCAACGGUAUCAUUCACGUCAUCAGCAAUGUGAUGAUCGCAAGUCCCGACGGAACGUUGCAAGGGUGUGGAUUGCUUAGAAGCCCGCGACCGACCCCAAACCCAACCAGGAAGCCUACGAGAAACCCCACCAGGAACCCUACCAGAAGUCCAUCGGUAAGUCCAACGCUAACGCCGACGGCUUACCCGUCCGCAACGCCGACGGAUGUUCCAUCGUCCACGCCGACGGAUGUUCCAUCGUCCACGCCGACGGGUUCGCCGAGCGGUAGUCCGUCGUCUAGGCCAACGAGUGUGCCGAGCGAUAGUCCGUCGGCCGCACCGUCUGCUAGUCCGUCGGCCGCGCCGACUGAAGCAACGACUCAAGAGUCUACGAUCCUGAGUACUUUCACAUCAAAUUCUCCAACCUGACCUAACCAAACUUAAUUCAUAUGCUACAUCCAGUUUUAACGUGCCGUUGUUCUCUCUGAUUGAUUCUCCAUUUUGGGAGGCAAGGGAAACACUUUUUUCCCACCGCUAAAUCAAUGAUUUGGAAACGACCCAACUCGAUGACGGAUACGUUGCGUACUGUGAAAGUAUUUUUUAUAUGUAAGAAUUCGCUGAAAACACAAAGCAAAUCAUCAAAUUGUGCUGUACUUUAUUUGUAAGAUGGAAGACCGCGUGUAAAGAACGCAACAAAUUAAAAACAAUUAAACCAA